AUGGUGGAUACUCGGUCCCUUGUAGGCGAAAUCCGUUGCACCGAAAUCCCCCAAAACAGGUUUUAUGUAGACAUAAAGGAGACUAAAGUAUUGCCCUGGCCACCGCCGGUAGGACAACUUACGGGGACAGAAGAACCCCUAGAUCCAGAAGCGCAGUUCGAAACCCCCGAGUGGGACCGGACCUCCUCCUCCUCCUCCUCCUCGUCCUCGGCCCACAAAGAGCACCGGCCGCGUCCGCCGAAGCCCCCGACGGGGUCCGCCAAGUUUGGCCGGUCGCAGAGCCCCGAGUCCGGCGUCCCCCUGGCCGAGCGCGUCGAUCCGUCGCUGCCCCUGGAGAGCCAGGCGUGGUUUCAUGGCCCCAUCAGCAGAGCUGAAGCCGAGACACUCUUGACGCUGUGCAGAGAAGGCAGCUACUUGGUUCGGAACAGCAAGACCAGCCGCAAUGAAUAUUCCCUCUCGCUCAGGAGCAGCCAAAGUUUCAUGCACAUGAAGUUCACCCGAACGAAGGACAACAAGUACAUUCUGGGCCAAAACAGCGCCCCUUUCGACAGCGUCCCAGAGGUCAUCCAUCACUACACGGCCCAAGAACUGCCCAUCAAGGGGGCCGAACAUCUUUCUUUGCUGUACCCGGUGGCGGUUCAGACGCUGUAGUGCCAGCUGGGUGGAGGCCACGAAGUUGCUCUGGAUCCAAAGAAUCAGCCCUGGUCAUUGUCCCGACCGGAGAAGGUGUCUUGCGGGCUGGGGGACUAGCAGACAAUCUCUCCCCUUUGGAUGGGAAUUUCUCACACCGGAGAG